GACAUUAGUUUUGUACAGAGCGCAGAGAUCGUCUAUGGUUUGGUUCCCUCUGAAGGUUGCAAGCAGCCACUCGCAUUUCCUUUUGGCUCAGAUACGCUUGGCUUAAUUGGACGUCGUCACUCUGUGUUUAAGAGUGCCACGAGCAGUGAUUGGUCGUUUUGGAUGUUGCUGAUGCACUGGCGGAUGGUGAAUGUGGCGAUAUACCGUUAAGAAUUUGAGUAGAGUGGUGAAAGCCGUCGGUGUGUCACAGCACUGCCCAGCAGCAAGCACAGCACACUUUUCUAAUAGGUCACUGACAGUGGUACGCUGGAGGUCGCAAAUUGGAUAUCCACGUUUUCACGAUGGUUUUAGACAAAAGAAAAUGAUCAUGUUUUAAUUUUUCUGUUGACAUAUUUGGAUACAGAUAUAGUUUUACAAGGUGAAGGUGUACUAAUAGAAAAAAUACAUCUUUUCAGAGGCAUUGAUGGAGGAACAGCGGGAUCUGGGUAGCAUAGACAGCAGCGAUGGAAAAAGCGUUUUCCCAUCGCUGGCCGUCCUGCCUCUGCAGGCCGCCCAACAGGCCCACAGGACAACCAACUUCUUCAUUGAAAACAUUUUACGGCCGGAUUUCGGAUGCAAGAAAGAGCUCGGUCUGAGUCCGAAAGAGAAGGCGCAGCGCUCCGGUCGAGAGCGCGUUAACUCGGUUCUUAGCAGGAACUUUCCCAUGACAAUGGACUCCAGCUGCAGUAGCGACCGCACUGCAUCCUCCACCGCUUCUGCGGCCAGUCCCAGAAAGUGUGGCGACGAAGGAGCCGCGGCUCCCGCGGCCUCUGGUGAGAACAGCUUUGGGUUAAAAUCCGAGGAGAGGCCUGGGGAAAAUUCUGCCUCUUCGCUGGUAGUGCUGAACAGGACCGGUACCUCUACAUCGGAGAGUCAACCCCUACUCUGGCCCGCUUGGGUCUACUGUACCCGGUACUCUGACAGGCCCUCUUCUGCAGGCCCAAGGACUCGGAAACUGAAAAAGUCGAAAAGCGGCAAAGAGGACAAGCGACCGCGCACGGCCUUCACAGCCGAGCAGCUCCAGAGACUGAAGAUGGAGUUCCAGGUGAACCGCUAUAUCACGGAACAGCGGCGGCAGUCGCUGGCCCAGGAGCUCAACCUCCACGAGUCUCAGAUCAAAAUCUGGUUCCAGAACAAGCGGGCCAAGAUAAAAAAGGCUAGUGGCUUCAAGAACGGUCUGGCGCUGCAGCUGAUGGCACAGGGAUUGUACAACCAUUCCACCACAACCAUCCAACAGGACCAAGAGGACAGCGACUGAGAGGCUGAGCAGAUCCCGGGAUACUACACAUUGCAGAUCCGUGGAAGGGUUUUAAGUGGAGGCUGCAGAGCUGAACCAAGCUGCUCCUAUUUCAUCAUCUUCUUCGACUAUUCAGAACUAACUCUGCAACAAACGAGGCAAAAAGACUGCCGACACAAACCAAAGAUUUUGAAUGGAAAGUCUGUCCCAAACAAUUCAUCAUAUUUUCUGUUUCAGGUUCUG